CAAUUCAAGUUUUCAACACUGUAUUCAAGAUUUCAGGUAUCAUGAAUAUAUUGAGUAGUAUUAAUAUUGAAAAUCCUAAGAAAAAAUCUAAGUUGAUUUUAUCUGAUAAUUUGGGACCAGAAAUUUCAUCUUCUAGUGCUGAAACUUCAUUGGAUCAAGUAAUGAGAGAAGGUCCUUCACAAAAUAAGGAGCCUAAAGAUGAUGGGCCCCGUGGUGCUGCUCUGGCUAGCUUGUCAUGCAUGACAGUAGAGCAGCCAGGAUGUCCUCCUGUGAAGGUCUCCAGCCACCACACUGUACUUGUGAGGCUGCCUCACACACCAGGCCUGCCUCCUGAGCCUCAUCCUCGUGUCUACACGGAUGUUUGGCAUAGCCAGUGUGUCAAGAUGCCAUGCAGCCCCCAGAACCUAUACUGCACUGCUCCAAAGUCUGACGUAGUGCCGCGUUGGAAUGUGAUCACCGAGGCACUGAGCAAGCCCAUCACUAGUAUAUCUGAACUACAAGAAGCCAUCCUCUCGUACAACACAAGAUACCGUGGCAAGUGGAAGUUCCAUGGCCUUUAUGCUCUUGUUAAUCAGUUUGAUGAGUGUGAAGAGCAGGAGUUGUUCGGCACAACGCUGCCUAAGAUGUGUCGUCUCGCGCUGCGCCUGCCGGAGCUCAUCACUGCGCCGGUGCCGCUGCUCAGCCAGAACAGCCAGGCGAGCCUCACGCUCUCGCAGCUACAGAUCGCGUGUCUGCUCGCGAAUGCUUUUUUCUGCACAUUCCCGAGGCGCAACGCGCGCGGCAGCAACUCCGAGUACGCCAACUACCCUGACAUCAACUUCAACAGAUUAUUGAGCAAGAAAGAGCCACUUGUGCUGGAGAAGCUGAAGUGCAUACUGAAUUACUUCAGACGCGUUACGUCUAAUGAACCGACGGGCUUGGUGACGCUGUGUCGCACGCAGGCCCCGGACUCAGACAUGCACCGCUGGCAGAGCUGCUCGUCGCCGCUGCCCAGACUGCACUGCCACCACGACACCCUCAUAGAGGACGUGCCUGGGCUGCUGCAUGUCGACUUUGCCAACAAGUUCCUGGGCGGCGGGGUGCUGGGCUUUGGAUGUGUUCAGGAGGAAAUCAAAUUCCUGCUGUGCCCUGAGCUGCUCGUGUCUAGACUCGUCACGGAGGCUCUCGACAAAAAUGAGGCUCUCGUCAUCAUCGGUGUGGAGCAGUUCAACAAGGGUGCAGGCUAUGGCAGCAGCUUCACGUUCUCAGGUUCUUUCCACGACUCAACACAACGAGACUCCUUCGGUCGCCGCCUCACGCAGCUCGUGGCCAUUGACGCUCUGCACUUCAGGCAGCGACCGCGCGAGCAAUAUGAGAAGCCCUUGCUUCUCAGGGAGCUUAAUAAGGCCUACGCCGGGUUCCGGCCACUUAGCGGCAGCAUUGGACCAGCGGUGGCAGUAGCCACGGGCAACUGGGGCUGUGGUGCCUUUCGUGGAGAUCCUCACUUGAAGGCGCUGCUGCAGAUAGCGUCGUGUGCUGCUGCUGGUCGCGACAUAGCGUACUUCACCUUCCACGACUCCGACUUCAAACACCGACUGUCGGACCUGCAUGAUUUCCUGACGCGUCGCUCUGUUACUGCUGGAGCUCUCGUGCAGUGCCUUUGCUUGUAUGGUGUUCAGCGCAAGGAGCUCGCCUCUAAAGAUCUCUUCAAGUUUGUUUAUGAGAGCUUCAGCUCUUCUGGCCCUGCCUCUCCUGCGCGUACAACUCUGGAGACCGAUGCAGGAGUCUCUGCCUAUUCGAGUGCUGAGCCUUCAACGAGUACUUCUCUUCAAGAUGGCUCCACCUCAGCAUCAAAUAAUGCCCAAGGAGGGCAGAAAACUAAUGCAAGCAACUUGCAAAACAAUAUGAAAAUUACUGAUUUCUUUAAGAACAGUGAUAUGACUAAUACUUGACCGACACUUGCUUCUUGAACCAUCUAAAUGUGAUGGGCGCUACUUGCUACUAUCUGUGAUUUUUUAUAGGACUCCUAUCACUGAUGUAGGAGACGCAACCGUUUAUUUUACUUGGAUACUAUCUACUUUACUUGAAUACCUUGCAACGGUAAGAUCAAUCUUUGUCAGUUGAUAACGACAUAUACUUUAAAAAUUUUGUUUACUUCGGCAUGCUUAUUUAACUUAAAUUAGAGUCUUUGAUUAACAUUGAGGAUAUUUAAUAAACUAAUCAACGCACUAAUUGGAAAAAAUUAAAGGCGAAUGUUGAUUAUGGGGGCGAUAGACCAACAUUUUAAUCCAAUUAGCGCCAUUUAUGAACAAAUUAAUCGUAUUUUUAUUGUUGAAGAUCACUAGCCUAACGCUAUUGCCACUAGAACCAAAGGUAGACAUCAAGUUUCUUUGUUCGUCUUCGAUCUCGGUUUUAGUUGUAGAAACCAUCUUGUUUUUAUUCAUAUUAGAUUUCUAUUUGAGAUUCAUUGUAGUCGGUACCUGAGUAGUUGAUGCUACUUCACGUUAUAUAUUCAUCUUUGACCUAUUUGGCUUUUUUGCAUUUCAACUAAAUAAUUACUAUAUCAUGCACAAGAAAUAUAAUUUUUUCGUGCAAGGAU